UGUUAGAGCGGCCACUUGAGUAUCUGGUCAAUAUAAUAGAUACUCUGUAAUAUAAAUAACGGUACAGGGAAAUAAGCGAGCACGGGGCAGUGCAAUCAGCCGUGUAGCCAACCUUCAAUCAUACAUUGGGUUUAAACUAGCCGAUACAGUUGUUGCAAAUAAUCUAUGGUGUUCUAGUAUCGAUAGGACAAUCGUCAACACGAGCAUGGCAACUCCUCUACCUCCUUGCGUGAUAGAUUGUGGGACAGGAUACACCAAGAUUGGAUAUGCUGGAAACACAGAGCCACAGUUUAUCAUGCCAUCCUGCAUCGCUAUACGAGAGUCAGCCGGUGUAGGAGACCAGGCACAGAGGCGACUUGCGAAGGGAGUGGAUGACUUGGAUUUCUUUAUAGGAGAUGAAGGCAUUGAUAAGCCCAACUAUGCAACCAAGUGGCCCAUCAGACAUGGGAUGGUGGAAGACUGGGAUUUGAUGGAGAAGUUCAUGGAGCAGAUCAUCUUCAAGUAUCUGCGGGCAGAGCCUGAAGACCAUAGCUUCCUUAUGACAGAGCCUCCGUUGAACACGCCAGAGAACAGAGAGUAUCUGGCUGAGAUCAUGUUUGAGACCUUUAAUGUCCCAGGCCUGUACAUCGCAGUGCAGGCAGUUCUAGCCCUGGCAGCAUCAUGGACGUCUAGACAAGUAGGCGAGCGAACACUGACAGGAAUCGUGAUUGACAGCGGAGAUGGAGUCACCCACGCCAUACCUGUGGCUGAAGGCUACGUCAUUGGGA